GGCAGGCAGUGAAGCAUGCAGGCAGCCGACUAGCCAGUGAGUCCAGGUCUUUGGGUCAGGAGCCGGUCUGACCAUAAAAUGGAGAGUCUGUGCAUGUUCUAGGUUUUAGGAAUAUAUGCAUUGGAAAAUAUCAAAGGAAAACACAAGUAGACUUCCAAGGAUACAGCCAAGGAAUAUGAAAACAUGUUUAAGAUCUGUGGCGGGAGUGACGGUUAGAGAUCAGGAAGAUGGUAUCUCAGCUUCUCUCUAACGGCCAUAGUGAGUGCAAAAAAAAGAUGUCCGAUAGUGUUGAUAUUGAAGAAAAGCCACCUGCACCCCCUUUAAGAAUGAACAGUAGUUCCCGUGACCCUUCUUCAGUACACAGUUCAAAACCACUUCCAAUGGCUCCAGAGGAGAAGAACAAGAAAGCCCGUCUCAGGUCCAUCUUUCCCGGGGGAGACAAAACCAAUAAAAAGAAAGAGAAAGAGCGUCCAGAGAUAUCCCUGCCUUCUGAUUUUGAGCACACCAUCCAUGUAGGCUUUGAUGCAGUAACGGGGGAAUUCACUGGUAUUCCAGAGCAAUGGGCUCGGUUAUUGCAAACCUCUAAUAUUACUAAGCUGGAACAGAAGAAAAACCCUCAGGCUGUAAUAGAUGUUCUCAAGUUCUACGACUCCAAAGAGACAGUCAACAACCAGAAAUACAUGAGCUUCACAUCAGGAGAUAAAUCCGCUCAUGGUUACAUUGCAGCCAAUACUCUGAAUCACCUCCUGUCUUCUGGGCCACCUGUCAGCCUUAGAACCUGCAGCGCAUUAUAUGACAAGCAAGGGGCUAAGACGACUUCUGAACCUCCUAUUGUACCUCCGAUGUCUGAAGAAGAAGAUGAGGAAGAGGAGGAUGAAGAGGAAGAAGAUGAGGAUGAUGAUGAGGUUCCACCCAUUAUUGCCCCACGACCUGAGCACACCAAAUCUAUCUUCACUCGCUCCGUUAUUGAGCCAGCUGCACCUCCUGCUUCUGUUAAAGAGGACAGGACCCAUCCAGAUUCUCAAGUACAGCCAGAGAACAUGUCCAGUACACUAUACGGUCACACUGACCGACAGAGGAAAAAAUCCAAGAUGACAGAUGAGGAAAUACUGGAAAAACUCAGAAGCAUUGUUAGUGUUGGCGAUCCUAAGAAGAAAUACACACGUUUUGAGAAAAUAGGACAAGGGGCAUCUGGGACAGUAUACACAGCUAUAGACAUUGCCACAGGACAAGAGGUGGCAAUCAAACAGAUGAAUCUGCAGCAGCAGCCAAAGAAAGAGCUCAUUAUAAAUGAGAUCCUUGUGAUGAGGGAAAACAAAAAUCCCAAUAUAGUCAACUACUUGGAUAGUUUUCUAGUAGGAGAUGAGCUGUGGGUGGUGAUGGAAUAUUUGGCAGGUGGUUCACUUACUGAUGUGGUAACCGAGACCUGCAUGGAUGAGGGACAGAUUGCUGCAGUGUGCAGAGAGUGUCUACAGGCUCUGGAUUUCCUUCAUUCUAAUCAGGUGAUUCAUAGAGAUAUCAAGAGUGAUAACAUUCUGCUUGGCAUGGAUGGUUCAGUGAAACUGACGGAUUUUGGGUUCUGUGCUCAGAUCACACCUGAGCAGAACAAGCGUAGCACCAUGGUGGGCACACCCUACUGGAUGGCUCCAGAAGUCGUAACCCGGAAAGCCUAUGGCCCAAAAGUAGAUAUCUGGUCCUUGGGUAUCAUGGCAAUUGAAAUGGUGGAGGGAGAGCCACCAUAUCUGAAUGAGAACCCACUUAGGGCCCUUUAUUUAAUUGCAACAAACGGCACUCCAGAGCUACAAAAUCCUGAGCGGCUAUCCUCAGUGUUUCGUGACUUCCUGAAAGGCUGUCUGGAGAUGGAUGUAGAACGAAGAGGGUCAGCUAAAGAAUUGUUGCAGCAUUCGUUCCUGAAGAUUGCCAAGCCCCUUUCCAGCUUGACUCCACUGAUUGUAGCUGCCAAGGAAGCCAUCAAGAAUAGCAGCCGUUAAGAUCAUCCCCUUACCCACACACACAAGCAUACACAUCCACCCAGACACACAUACACAGAGCGCAAGUACACCGUGUUUACGUGUGAUGGCACAAUUACACAAUAUCUGAAUCUGGACAAAAACACAUGCAUUGCCCUUAUAAGGGUGAUUGACAGCUGUUCAAGGCCUUUGAGGUGGGAUUGGCCCUGGUCCUUGCCCUCAAACAUGUAUAUGGAACUGCCACACUAGUCCAUCAGUGUGUGUCCACCUCUAAACAUCUGGAAAGGGGAUAGAAAAACUGAAAAAACAACUCCUGUGUUCAUUCUCUCUGGAAUCAAAGAUGAUGUGUAUUACAGUAGACCUCAAGAAUUAUCAAGUUUAUUCUCUUAUUUAAUAUAUUAUGAACUGUCUUGUAUCACGAGCAACAUUCUUUGGGUUUUACAGGGUUUUUCCUGUGCCUGAAGAUGUGUACCUCCAAUUCUCGGGAUCUCCUCAAGACAUCUGCACGACCGCAGAUAUUCACAGCAGUCAUUUUCUUUCUACACUGUGUGCAAAGUCAGAGAGCAUGGUAUGCUAGAGAGAGAGAGAGAGAGAGAGAGAGAGAGAGAGAAAGGCUACAUGUGCAACUUUUUGAGCAAUUUUGCCAGGCAAUUUUUUUGAGCAAUGUUGAUUGGGCACUUUCCCAUUGAAAAUGGGUAACCAAUUUCAAUCUGGAUACUUUUGAUCGGUCAUAGCCCUGUGUCUCACCUGGUUGCCCGUUGAUCGCAACAUUGCUCAAAAAGUUGCCCUGUGUAUCAUUAGUCGGAGAGAGAGAGAGAGAAGAUAUAUAUAUAUAUAGUUUUAGUACCUAGUUUUUGUUUGUUUGUUUUCUUAGACUGAUAUAGUAAUAUUCUCAUUUAUUAUUGUUUUAUUGCUGUAUUACAGUAUGUAUUUAUACACAUAGAUAGAUAGAUAGAUAGAUAGAUAGAUAGAUAGAUAGAUAGAUAGAUAGAUAGAUGUUCUUGACGUUUCAAAAGAUUUACUCGCAAACAUUUGAUUACAAAAGUCACUUUUCUAAUGUGUUAUACAGAUAUUAUCAUUUGAAAGCAUAAUGCAUCCUGAAUUUGCACACAAAAAAACACCUCUCUCUCUCUCCCUCUUACUCUCUCAGAAUGGAUUUGCAGACUGUGUUUUCAUGUGCAAUGUCUUUGCCAUAAGCAUGAAAACCACAACACAUACGUACUCUAUACUAUGCAUUUUAAAAGCAAAUGAAAAAUGUUGAAAACCAAGCCAUAAGGAGCCAAAUGUAGAGUGGGCUAAUGAACCACUUCCAGUGCAUUAUGGAGUAGGAAAACCCUGCUGAGGUUUUGACAUCUGCUCAUCACACACCAUCAGAGAACAUUGCAUAAACCUAUUUGAUCUUUCAGAGUGCAGUGUUUGGCUAAAAUAUGUGCAUAAUGAAGGGCCAUUCACAUAAGACUUGCUACUGUUUUUUCAUUGCUAACCUAUGUGCACAUUUACAUUAUUUGGCAGAUUCUUUGGUCCAAAGCUACUUAAAAAUUAGGAAUAUACCAAGCGAUUUAUAAAGAGCCAAAUAAACACAAUAAGUGCUCAUAAUACAAAGUUGCAGAUAUUGUUUAGAAUAGUAUAAGCUAAGUAGGAAAGGUUUUGGAAAAUAUUAAUCCCACAUUGGUGUCAACCUUUGCCCUUGUGUCCUAAGACAAAUGUUUUUUUUAAAGCACAAAGCUAUAAGCAAUUGCACAGACAAUGCAGACUUAAUCAUUUAGCAGACACUUUUAUCCAAAGCAACUUACAAAUGAGGGCAAUAGAAGCAAUCAAAACUAACAAAAGGGCAAUAAUAUGCAAUUUUUGUGACAAGUCUCAGUUAGACUUAUUCAGUAAACGAUGUAAGUUUUUAAUUAUUAUUUUUUCAAUAAUAAUAAAUAAAAAGAAAAAUGAGCAGAUACAGUAGAAAAGAAUAGGAAAUGCUAAGGUUAGGGGAUCUAUUUUAAAUAAAACUAAAACAAGUCAAAAGAAUAGAAAAAUAAUAUAAAAUGCUAGUGCUAAAGUGUCAUAGUUUCAUAAUAAAUAAAAUAAAACAACAGAGCAAGAAAAGAAUAGAGAAUGUUAGUAUUAGAGGCACUUUUUAUAAUGAAAAUGAGUAGUAAUAAUAGAAAAAGAAUAGAGAGUGCUAUUUUCAGAUCUCUCAUUUUAUUUUUAUUUUAAAGAAGACGAGUAGUAAGAAUAGAGAUAGAACAGAGUGCAACUGUUAGAAGCUCAAGUCUUGUUGUUGUUGUUUUCCUUAGAAAACUUAGUGAGUGUUAGUGAAAAUUGAUGAACAUAGGUGUGACAUGUUGUUUUCGGCUCGUUAAAAGACAAAUGUUGCAGCCGCAUUCUGGAUGAGUUAUAGACACUGAGUUACAUUUUAUAAAUGCUUACACAUAGCCAGCUAAUUGGAAUAAUAAUGUCCAGGUUAAUGGCAGAUAUUUGAAGGUAACUCUAUCACCCCCUAGAGAACUGAGUUCUAAAAGUCACAGUAACAAUCGUGCAUUCACAGUGUGUUGGCCAAACAUUAACAUCAUUGUUUGCAUAUUUGCUCAGAAUGUUUUUGACUAAAACAUUCCAUUCCUUUCCAUUCCACUGCACUCUCCCUGGUUGCAUUUGAACAGUAGUUUGUAACUUGUGUGAAUGGUCCCUAAGAGAACAGUCUGUAAAUCCAAACCCCCACCCACUUGUUGGCACUUAGUUUCAACACUUUCCAGUUUCGAACAAACAUCACUAGGGGUGCUAUUUCUGAUGCCAUAUUUAACAGCUGUCACAAGUUAAAAGUGUUUGAUUUUUGCUGAGGUUAACUCUCAAUUGGUUUAACAAUAUAUAUUUAUACAUACAGGAGUAGAAGUACUGAGUGUAUACCCUUGUAAAGGAUGUAGGUGUCUAAUAGAUUGUCAACUUUAUAUCUUUCUUUACAAAUGAGUGUUUGUGUGAGACUUGUGCUAUGUAUGUGCGUAGAUAUGAUAAGCUCAGCCUGCUUUUAGACUCUCAAAUCACUGUGAAAUUUCAGGAUACUACACCUAGACUAUUCCACCGUAGACAGAUGGGUACUAGAGUAGAUAUAGUAGUUAGCAACAACCAUAGACAUCUAAAGGCAUGAAUAGCAAUAUCUAAAUAGUGCUACUGCUUUCCAACAGUGAGUAUCAAAACAGGUAAAGGGGAGUGUUAUUUUAUCAUAAGAGCCAGUUUUAUGCAUGACAUAACUAAAUUACUUUCUUUUGAUAAGUUAGCAUUACAAAAAUUUGAGGAUGAUAUUUAAUGUACAUUAUUAAACAUUGUUUAUUUUAUAUUUUUAUUUUUGAAAACCUUAUGACAGUAAUAUUCAGGCUUCUCUUUGAUAUGCGUUUGUGAAUAUUGGGCUCCCUAGAUCCAAGAAAUACAAGAUCAAAUCUAUGAUGGACACAGUAGUGUAAAUUCAACAGAUAGCAGUGGCUUAUGCAUGUAACAGAGACUAGCACCAUUAACCAGGCUAACAUGGCCAUCAUAAUUACUCACUACGUGACCAAUACUGCAGCCUACCCACAUGUACUGGAGCAGAUGUUAGGAGGAACACACUCUUACACACAAUGCAAAUUUAUUUAUACACUGUAGCCCUUGGACUCGGAUCGGAUCCAAUGUGGACUAGGAGCACAUUAAAAUGUUAACAAAUUUGAAAAGCACCACAGUCAUGGCAAGCACAAAGACUCACUCCAGGAUUCCUCUUGUCACUUGUAAACUGCCCAUUUCUUCUGAAUGUGUGGACCCUGGUAAUUGUGCUGUAACAAAAUCUCUCUAUUGGUUUCUAAUAUGGGAAAGAAACAAAACUGACCAUCCUUACCAACACAAAUGUUUUCUUUUUAAUUUAUUAUAAUUAUGACUUUUGAGAA